AUGACGGCUUAUAUCAAAAAAGAGAUUAAAGCGAGGCAAAAAGCCUAUACUACUGGGAACAUGACCAAAUAUAGACAAUUGGCUGAUAAGAUCAUUACACUUAUCAAGAAAGCUAAAGCAGAAUUUUAUUCAUCUAAGGUUAAAAGCAAACGCAAACACGAUGCAGUAAAAUGGCAUAGAACGAUAUCCCAGUUAGCUGGCUUUGAAGGUGACAAUCUAGACAACAACUUAAUCUCAGACAGCACUUCCGAUACAGUGGAAAUACUGCAGAAUAUAUUUACUAAAACCAUGGUCAAAACUUCCUGAAACCAUAAUCCCUAGUCUUGAAGACGUAGCGUCAUCACUGAGGCAAGAAAAUCCUCCUACUCCCUCAAUUGGACAGGUUAAGACUGCCUUGAAACAACUAAACUCUAAAAAAGCCACCGGGUCUGAUGGGAUUCCAGCAUGGGUGCUUAAACGAUACUGUGAAGAACUAGCUCCCAUCGUUCAUGACAUUAUUUGCGCCAGUAUAAAAGAAUGUGAAUAUCCAACUGCGUAUAAACACGCCUUAGUUAUCCCAGUUCCGAAGGUCAAUCCAUCAAGAGAUAUAGAGAAUGACUUUCGCCAGAUAUCCAUUCUUCCCCAAAUGGCUAAAGUGCUGGAAAAGCUGCAGCUCAAACUGAACCUUCCCAGUUCACGUAUAAAUGAUAAUCAGCAUGCCUUUACAAGCAAACGAUCAACCGUGUCCGCACUCACCAACAUCUCGCAGAACUGGUUUAAUGUGACCGACAAUACUCAUAGCGCCAAAAAUGGAGUUCAUGCAUUAUUCAUAGAUUUUCGCAAAGCGUUUGACCUUGUUGACCACGGAAUUCUACUUCGUAAGCUCGCAGAAAUGAAUGUAACCAAAGCCUUUUGGCUAUGGACGCGUAGUUUUCUGGAAGAUAGAAGACAACAGGUCAAACUAGCAGGAACCCUAUCAUCGGUCAAACCUUGUCCUGCAGGAGUCCCACAAGGUUCUGUGAUGUCCCCAGCUCUUUUUAAUAUUCACAUUAACGAUAUUGAGAACUCAAUCCCAGAUGGAUUAUCCAUAAAUAUAUGCAAAUACGCGGAUGAUUGUACACAGGACGAAGUGGUGUCACAAGGUUCUUCCAGCCAUAUGCAGGAGGCCCUUGAAGCAGUACAAGAAUGGUCUAAUAGGAACAAAAUGACGAUAAAUUCGAAGAAAACAAAAGAUAUGUGGAUAUGUUUUAACACAGCAAUACCGGCACCAGAACCAUUGGUCAUUGGAAACGAG